AUGGCCCCUCCGGGCCCGGCCGGCGCCCGCCCCACCUCGGCCGAGCCGCUGUCCCGCAGCGUCUCCCGCAAGCUCUUGCUGGCGCUUUGCUCCCUGCUCACGUCCCUCUACGUCUUCUACUGCCUGGCCGAGCGCUGCCAGACCCUAUCGGGCCCCGUCGGGGGGCGGUCGGGCAGCGGCGAGGAGGCAGGGACCCCGGGCCGCGGCGUCCUGGCCGGAGGCCCGGGGGAGCUGGCCGCGUGGCCCGCGGCCGCGCGAAGGAAGCGCCUCCUGCAAGUGCGGCCGCGGCCGAGGCGCCGGCCGCCCUCCCAACGAGACGACCGCGAGGAGGCGGCCGGGGAAGAGGAGCCCCCCGGGCUGGCGGGGAGUCUCGGCGGCUCCGGGGCCGGGAGCAGCGUGGCCGAGACUCCGCCGGGGACCUUGGCCCUGCUGCUGGACGAGGGGAGCAAACAGCUGCCGCAGGCCAUCAUCAUCGGCGUGAAGAAGGGCGGCACGCGGGCGCUGCUGGAGUUCCUGCGCGUGCACCCCGACGUGCGCGCGGUGGGCGCAGAGCCCCACUUCUUCGACCGCAGCUACGACAAGGGCCUCGCCUGGUACCGGGACCUGAUGCCGAGGACCCUGGAGGGCCAGAUCACCAUGGAGAAGACCCCCAGCUACUUCGUGACGCGCGAGGCGCCCGCGCGCAUCUCGGCCAUGUCCAAGGACACCAGGCUCCUGGUGGUGGUCCGGGACCCGGUGACGCGGGCCGUGUCGGACUACACGCAGACGCUCUCCAAGCGGCCCGACAUCCCCAGCUUCGAGAGCCUGGCCUUCCGGAACCGCUCGGCGGGCCUGGUGGACCGCUCGUGGAGCGCCAUCCAGAUCGGCCUGUACGCCGAGCACCUGGAGCGCUGGCUGAGCCACUUCCCCGCCCGCCAGAUGCUCUUCGUGAGCGGCGAGCGCCUGGUGCGCGACCCGGCCGGCGAGCUGGGCCGCGUGCAGGACUUCCUGGGCCUCAAGCGCAUCAUCUCGGACAAGCACUUCUACUUCAACCAGACCAAGGGCUUCCCCUGCCUCAAGAAGGCGGAGGGCAGCGGCCGCCCCCACUGCCUGGGCAAGACCAAGGGCAGACCCCACCCCGAGAUCGACGCGCAGGUGCUGCGGCAGCUGCGGGAUUUCUACCGGCCCUUCAACCGCAAGUUCUACCAGAUGACGGGCCACGACUUCGGCUGGGACGGGUGA